UUCACCGUCCCCAUGGAGAUGCGGGACGCGGCCAUGCAACGCGGAGCGCGGCGGGGGCCCGAGACCCCCCAAGGGGUGGCUCUGACCGGCCACGUCGUUCCCGUGGACCCCGCAGAUGGACCCGCGUGUGGGAUCGGGCUGCGAGGUGAGGUGCUGCUGCCCAUGGUGUCCCCGUGCUGCAGAGACAUGGUGGCUGUAGCUGAGGAGCCCCAGGAGGCGAUGACGACCCCGACUGAAGACGCACCCAAGGUGGUGGACACAGAAGAGGACCAACACGAGGUGCCGUUGACUCUGACCAAGGAUUCCCCUAAGGUGCUGGUGUCCACAAACAAAGAUCUCCCUGAGAUGCCGGCAGAGCAGCUGAGACGCAGCAUGCCACGGGGGACCUGCCUGAUCCACAACUGGCAGGAGGAGAGAGCCACCAACCACCUGGACUAUGUGGUACCACUGGAGUUGGGCAGCGAGGGCUUCAUCUACCGGCACGGUCACCGCGGGCUGCUGGCUCCCCUGCAUGCACCAGUCUCAUUGCCUUGCAGCACCACCAAGGAUGCCUUCCGCCCACCCCACAGAAUCCCACUGCUGGCACAAGGGCAGCGAGAAGCCAUGCUGGAGAGGAUGCUGUACCAGAAGUACCGGCAGGAGCUGAUGGAGGAGAUCCACCCACCGCCUGGUUCCAUGGAGACCCUCUCCACCACACACCAGGAUUAUCGGGCAGGAGGCUUCCAGCCCACACCCCCACUGACCACCCAGCCCCAUAAUUACCACAUGGAGCAGCCUCGCAGCUUCUGGCUGGAGCGAGUCCACAGCGUGCCUGUGAGUACCCACACCCUGCCCCACCACCUUGCUGUACCCACUGCUCACAAGGGUCUCUGUAUCUCUCCCCUCCAGGGUGUCACCUGCAUCCGCACUGGGGACAGUCCCUUCCGUAGGAACGCCACCUUCUCCACCCCCAUCACCGAGUAUCUGGAGCAGCCUCUGCCCUAUGAGGCAGCUACCCGCCAGCCGCAGCCCAGCAUGCAAUAAAGAGCAGGGGCGAGCCCUGCUGCUGGCUCCCUGGUGUUCUCUGGGAUGUUCCCAGAGCAGGCUGCGGGGACCCCAAAUCCCAAUGCAAAGGGGCUCUCUGUGGGGCAGCACACCACAAAAUGCGGCACAUCCCGUGGGAGGUGUCCCUCCACAGUGUCCACAGUGGAUGUCACAUAUCCCCAUCCCUAUUCCCAGAUAGGUGACACCGCCCCAUCCCUAUUCCCAGGUGGGUGACUUGCAUCCCCAUCCCCAGGUGAAUGACGUGUCCCCAUCCCUGUCCCCAA